AUGAAUCUAGCAUUGGAAGGAUCGGCGAGUAAGGCUUCAGAGAGUAAGCGACGAGCUGCUGCGAUAAGAGAUGGAGAACCGCGUUUGGUUGGUUUCGAGGAAAAGAUUGUUCGGUUGAAGAAUUCCCAAAGUGGCGCUAAUGGUAGAGGUGUUGUUGUAAGGAACAAAAAGGCUAUUUUUUGGGGUGCGUUAGGUGUAGGAGUUGAAUUUACUUUGGCAGCUAAGCGAAAAAGCUUCAAGUCUUCCUCUUCUUCAGGUGUAGGUGGAGGUGGUGGCGCUGGGGGUGACUGUGGUGGCGGUCACGAUGGUAGCGGUUUGAAAUAUAUUGGAGCUGGAAAUGAUGGUAGUUUUACAGGCGGUAGUGAUGAUAUCAGUAAUGUCAAUGAUAGCGUUGGAGGCAGUGACAAUGGUGGAGGUGACAACAACAUCAGAUAUGGUGGUGAUAGAGGAGGUUGCAUUGGUGGAUAUGACAGCCUUGGAGGCGGUGGCAACAAUGGUGAUGGUAAAGGUGGCAGUAAUGGUGAUGGUGGAGGUGGAGGUGAGAGCAUCAGUGGCGGUGGUGGAGAUGAUUGCGUUGGAGGUGGUGGUGACACUGGUGAUGGUAAUGGUGGCGGUAAUGGUGCCAGUGGAAGUGGAGAUGAUAGCAUUGGAGGAGGUGGUGGAGAUGAUAGCGUUGUAGACGGCGGUGGCGGCAAUAGUGAUGGUGAUGGUGUAGGUGGAGUAGGAGUAGGGGAUGAGCUGAUUGUUACUUUGCUGUCAUCGUUGGUGGAGGUGGUGGUGGUGGGAGUGAAGAUAGGAUGA